GGCGGGGGCGGAACGGACGUGCCCGGGCCGCGCCGCCGCGGGGCCGCUUUCCGGGUGGGACCCGCGGUCUCCCGGGCAGCGGGGCAGCGCCAUGGCCGCCCAGCGGGUGAACGUGAACGUGGGCGUCCUGGGCCACAUCGACAGCGGCAAGACGGCGCUGGCGCGGGCGCUGAGCACCACGGCCUCCACGGCCGCCUUCGACAAGCAGCCGCAGAGCCGCGAGCGCGGCAUCACGCUGGACCUGGGCUUCUCGUGCUUCUCGGUGCCGCUGCCGGCGCGCCUGCGCCCGGGGCCCGGCCCCGACCCCGCGCCCGGCCCCGCGCCCGCGCCCGGCCCCGAGCCCGCGCCCGCGCGGCUGCAGUUCACGCUGGUGGACUGCCCCGGGCACGCCUCCCUCAUCCGCACCAUCAUCGGCGGAGCCCAGAUCAUUGAUUUGAUGAUGCUAGUUAUCGACGUGACCAAAGGAAUGCAGACUCAGUCAGCAGAAUGCUUGGUGAUUGGGCAAAUUGCUUGUCAGAAGCUGAUUGUAGUACUGAACAAGAUAGACCUCCUAGCCGAGGAGAAGAGACAAGCGGCUAUUGACAAGAUGACCAAGAAAAUGCAGAAGACAUUAGAGAACACAAAGUUCCGGGGCUCACCGAUUAUUCCUGUUGCAGCCAAGCCUGGUGGACCGGAGGCCCCAGAAACUGAAACUCCUCAGGGCAUUUCAGAAUUAAUUGAGCUUCUGAUGUCACAGGCUUCCAUCCCUACCAGAGACCCUUCGGGCCCCUUCCUCAUGGCUGUGGAUCACUGUUUCUCCAUCAAAGGUCAAGGCACGGUGAUGACAGGGACGAUCCUUUCGGGCUCAGUCAGCCUUGGAGACAACGUGGAGAUUCCUGCCCUAAAGGUAGUGAAGAAAGUGAAGUCCAUGCAGAUGUUCCACACUCCAGUCACCUCUGCCAUGCAAGGAGACAGAUUGGGCAUCUGUGUGACCCAGUUUGACCCCAAGUUGCUAGAACGAGGGCUAGUGUGCACACCAGAUUCUCUCCAUACCAUCCAUGCUGCGAUUGUUUCUGUUAAGAAGAUUCCUUAUUUUCGAGGUGCUCUUCAGACAAAGGCAAAGUUUCAUAUAACUGUUGGUCACGAGACAGUGAUGGGAAGGGUGAUGUUUUUCAGCCUGGCUCCUGAUCAGUUUGAUUGUGAGCCCCUGGAGGAGACCUUUGACUUUGAAAAGGAAUAUCUCUAUCAAGAGCAAUAUUUGUCCAAGGAUUCCCCCCCUGCAGAGGAGGACAAGAAGAGUGACCAACCUGUAGAGAAAUGGCCAAAGCAACAGUGGGCUCUCCUAGAAUUCGAGAAGCCUGUUACCUGCCCAAAAUUAUGCCUUGUGAUUGGCUCCAAACUCGAUACUGACAUACAUGCCAAUACUUGCCGACUGGCUUUCCAUGGAAUGAUGCUUCAAGGUCUGGAAGAUAGGAACUAUACUGAGACUUUCCUGCCAAAGUUGAAGGUGUAUAAACUGAAACACAAGGAGGGAUAUGUGGAGAGGGUGAUUGACGAUUACAAUGUGAUUGGUCGGUCUUUGUUUAAGAAAGAGACCAACAUCCAGAUCUUUGUGGGGCUAAAAGUCCACCUCUCAUCAGGGGAAAGCGGAGUCAUCGAAAGUGGCUUUGGCCAAAGUGGAAAGUUCAAGAUCCGUAUUCCCGCUGGACUUUACCCGGACACCAAGAAGCUUCUCACCACUGCUGCCACCAAGAAGAGGGCUAAGGGGGGAAAAGGAGAAGCUGCCAAGGAGGACGAAGGGGCUGGCAAAGCAGACCCUGCCCAGCACAUCACCAUCAGCCUCUACUUCAAGAGAUAUGUGUUUGAUGCGCAGAAGAGAAUGGUUCAGUCUCCUUGAAGUCCAACCUGCCCGCUGGACUGGACCCUCCAACUAAAGAAUCUCAGGUUACAGGGCAUUGGAGCUCUCUCUUGGAUGUCCCAACUAGGCCACUUCUAGGGUCCCCUCCCACUCAACUGUGAUUCUCCACAGUUCUGAAUUGCUUCCUCCUCCAGAUACACCCCCUCCCACUCCCCACUGGGCUGAGCUGCCUGGAUGUCCAUGGGCUAGAGAGUUCUCUACCAUCAAGCUUCCAGCUAGUUUGUCGGCUGACCUUCUGACUGAGGCUGAGCUUCACGAGGGGGAGGGGGAGAGGAAUAGUUGUCUUUUCUAGGGUGAAUAGAAAUCCAUUUGUAACCAUUUUAUAACUUCCCAUGUAAACCUUUCCCAGAAUACCAUUUUGGAGCCCAGGGGAACAGCCAACCAGAACAGAAAGGAAGAGGAGAAAGAAAGGGCCCCAGGAAGAAAGAGUCCCAAGUAAAUCAGAUUCUGUAAACAGCUUUCAUUAGGGACCCAAGGAGUCCCUGGGUGGGGAAGUGUCUGUCACCUGGCCUGGGAAACCGCCUCCAAAGCUGCCUCCAGGGUCAUUCCUCUACCUCAGCCCGUAAACAAAAGGAGCAGGGUGGGCUGAGGAGCCAUCUCUGAGCUCCUUUCUAGCUCUGACUCCUCUCAUUUCUGGUUGUGAAUAAAUCUCCAGUGUCCAGGCACUCAUGGUUGUUGCUGCUGCUUCUUGUUGGUAGGGGUGUUUAAUUGGGAUCAGAUGGGGAAACGAAAAGGCAGGUCGGUUCCAAUCAUACAGGCCUGUGAUCUCAGAGUGGUUCCCAGCGUCUCUUCUGAAGAGUUUCUCUCUUUCUUUCUCUCCUUCUGUCUCUCCUUCUGGGUCCGCCUGUACCUCUGCCUUCUUGCCCCCUGGAUUAUUUUUCUUUCACUUGUCUUACCUACUUUACCGUUUCUCUUCUCAGGACCUGCCUCUCAGCCCCACGCUCUCUCUCUUCCUUAUUCCAGCCAUAGCUCCCUAUCCCUUGCACUCUUCCCUGGGUGUGACAGAAUCAUUUUCCAAGGAAGAGUGUGUCUACUAGCUGAAUGCCCAGACCUUCUGACCAGAGCCUUCUGAAAGAGUCCUGAGAGAAUGCUUUGUUUUUAAUUUCUUUUUAUAUGUAGAAACAAAUAUCUGUAAUAGUGACAUCUGUGUAGACAUUGUUCAUUUUUGUAUCUAAAUUUCUCCAGAAAAUGAAAGGAGACCACAAAUAGCAUGUAGUGAGCGCUGAUGGUGUGUUAAAUAUUAUUAUUGGCUCCAAGAUGGGAGAAAGCCCAGAUACCCUCCCUCCACAACCUUGUAACUUUUUCUUAAUAUAUAAGAAUAUUAGAACCUGAAGAAGUCAUAGAAAUCAUUAGAUAACUCACUCGCUGUUAAGAUGAAGAAACUAAGACCUAAAGAGAAGCGGCCUGCCCAUGGGCACUUCAGCUCAGGAGUGGCAGAGCAGUGGCUAGAUGGCCUUUCCAUUAAAAAGAAAUAAUCUUUCAGGUUCCAUCCAGCUUGAGAAUCAAAUGAUUUUUUAAUUUGACAAUAUCCUUGGGUACAGAAGCUUGCACAGCUACACAUUUUCUUAAGGGGUGUCUGUUUUGUGACGCCCUCUGUUGUGUAGAUAAAAAUAUUUUAGGAUCUUGGAAAAGAUUGCAUUUAAUUAAAGUGGGUCCAUCUUAUUGAAUUCAGCAGCCUUGUGCUAAGUGCCUCCUGUGUGCAGGACAUGACUCUUGCAGCCUGCUGUCCUUCUCAGACCUUGCCACUCCUUCUCUGACCUCCUUUGUCCCAAAGAACCUUCUUCCCUCCCUCCCCCCUCAGGCUGUGAAUAUGGUGAUCCAGUUGGACUUGCCUCUGAGGGGCUUCCUGUUUUUUCUGGUUUCGCUGAGGAUGGGGCAUUGGGGAGGGGGGGAGUACAUAGAAAACAUUCCCCCAACUCUAGCACUCAUUUUCCAAGAAAGAUCUUCGUUCCACAGAAUCGUUCCUUCCAUCUCGGUCUCUGUUCCCAGAGUGGGAACUGCUGCCUGCUGAAGACCUUGGAUUGCAACAAGCCUUUACUGAGGAUCAUGUGCUGAUGUCCUGGGGCUGUUUGAUACACAUUCAGAAAAGGGUGAAAUGGUGGAACCAAAUGAUUAUGGGGAAAUCAAAGCUUUUAAAGACAUUUGUAGGAUGAACAGAUGUUCAAACGUUCCUUUAUUCGGUCUCCAGACAGACGCAGAGUCUUUGCUUUCAUCCCGGUAAUCGGUGCAUUAUGCUUUAAUUUGUGAAAAUGGCAUUAGAAAAAUAUUAACAGGGUCAUGUUGUGAUCAACUGGCUCCAUGUCAUUAAGCUAUGGAGCCAAUGGAUGGAACCGGGGAAGGGGCUAAGUGCUGAACCCUGUCUAAGUCCUGGUCCCUGAUGCAGGAAACAGAGACCUUACAGUGCACCAUGGGAAUGGGUGGGAAAGGGGACAUGGGCUCUAAAAAUAAAUAGUGCUGGCUGACCCAAACUGAGUAAUUCCAGGUGCAGCUUUGGUUAGGGACACAGGACACUUUUUAGCCUGGAAAAUUGGGGGGAGGGAGAGAGAAGAUGUGACCCCAAAGUGGGAUAAUUCAAAAAGCUUUGAAUUUGGAGCCAGGGGACCUAGAUUCAAAUAUUGGCUCUUUUGUUGACCACAUUUACUACCCAUAGGCAUCU